GACCUCCUCAAAGUCUAUAUAAGGCUGGCAAAAGUUGCGCUCCAAUCUGUUUCUCUCAUCAUCACACAAUCACUCUCUUGAGCAUUCUCUCUCUCCAGUCUUUUACAGACCUUCCGUUCUCUAUACAUACCAAUUAUCCGAGUUCACUCUCUCGUUCAAAUCCAACCCCACAGUCACAAUGAAGUUCUCCAUCACCACCGCUGUUCUGGCUCUCGCUGCCACCGUCGCUGCUAUGCCCAGCAAGCCCCAGGCUGACGGCAACGUUGGUGUCGGUAACGGCGUCGGCAACAAGGGCAACAGCGAUGUCCGCUUCCCCGUCCCUGACGAUGUGACCGUCAAGCAGGCUUCCGCCAAGUGUGGUGACCAGGCUCAGCUCUCUUGCUGCAACAAGGCCACCUACGCCGGUGACACCACUACCAUUGACGACGGUAUCCUCGCUGGUACCCUCGGUAACCUCAUCGGUACUGGAUCCGGCUCUGAGGGUCUCGGUCUCUUCGACCAGUGCUCCAAGCUCGAUCUCCAGAUCCCCAUCAUUGGCAUCCCCAUCCAGGAUCUGGUCAACCAGCAGUGCAAGCAGAACAUCGCCUGUUGCCAGGGCUCCCCCUCGGACGCCUCCGACAGCCUUAUCGGCGUUGCUCUGCCCUGCAUUGCUCUCGGCUCUAUCUUGUAAGCGGGUUCAGUCUAUGC